AUGGCCAGAGGACAGCCUCGUUCGACACCGCCGCAAACCAACCCACCCCCCGCCGAUGUCGACAUGACGGACGUUCCGAACCCCGCUAGCCAGGGUGAGGACGUCCGCCCGGUAGACCGUACACCGACCAGUAACCCCUCGUCGACUUUGCCGCUGCUUUACGAUCUCGACGCCCUGGCCCAAAUCCCGCAGGGAGAGUUCACCAAGGACGUUCCGCCCGCGCCGAUAGGGGAGUUCACGAAACCACGCAAAACGUCGACGCCGACGGAUGCAGGGGAGGCCGGGCCGUCGUCUGUGCCGGACGGAUCGGGCGACCAGGAUGAGGACGAUUAUUCAUCGGCGAGCGACGAGGACGACGAAGACGACCCGCGGCCCCGACGUGGUGCAGGUCCGCGCACGUUGGAAGAAAAACUCAGGGGGGAACGUGCGUUCAUAGAGGAACUGUUGGACGAGAACGAGCUUGAGGAUCUGCUGCACACGUCGGUCCCUCGAGAAAUGUGGAAGGCGGCCGACUUCGUAGAGGAAGAUAUGGUGUACGCGUGCGUCGACGUGCUCGUGAUGGAGGCAAUGCGCCACCUGAAAACCAUAGAGGCCAAGAGCACGCUCAAGUCCUACACCUCAUGGAUAUACGACUACAAAAGGUGGACGGCGAAGAUGCUUAAAAAAAUUGGCGACAAACUGCCGACAGCAGAACAAAUGAGGCACGUCGACGAGAUAGGGCACUGGACACACAACAACAAGAGCAAGGAUUGGGACAACGAGAAGGUGGUCAAGCGGAAGCACAUAUGGCUGCACGGCCCCCGGGUCACUAGUACGCGACUGCGCGCCUACAUCAAGUUCAUGAGGCGGGAGUACAAGAUCGACGCCGACACGAACGAGCCAGUGCGAGCCUACACGGUGCACAUGAUCCUCGGCCGCAUCAAGGCCUGCCAGAUGGCGGCGAGGGUGGAGGCGACACUCUACAAGGAGAAGGAGUUGGGCAUCAUGCGGGAAAUCUCGGUGGUCCGGUCGGAGGUGCUCACGCUGCUCUCCCACCACAGCCUCAUGCGUGGUGCAAGCAUACGCGAGAUAACGCUCCCCGACAUCUUCCUGUACCGACUGGCGAGCACCUCGUCGGUGAACCCGGAUAACCAGCCGGUCGUCAUGGUGGUCGCCGCGCGGAACUCGAAGACGUCGAAGGAUGCGCGUCUUCAACAGAGCUACGCGGCGCGGCACCUAGAAGCGGAGUUGUGCGCCGUCGGCAAGACCGGGCUGUGGUUACACUUCGUCCUCGACCAGAUCGGCCACCACCAGCGAUGGACGAGGCAGAUGUGGAAGACGAACGGGGUGUUCUGCAAGUGGAACGUCCAUGCCGCUCGGGCGGGCGGGGCGCAGGAGUUGGCCAUCCAAGGUACGCCUCGCGCCGAGAUAGCCGAGCUGGGUCACUGGGCUCUCGACAAGAUGACUCGAGCCUACAUCACAUCCAUUCCCGUCGGCGUGGUGAUGAAGAAGGCCGGCUAUUCGGGAUUCACGCAGGACUACUUCUUGGGUCGCAGUAGGGUGGAACCGGGAGACGAACUCCUCGCUCUCAUCGCCGAGCACAUCUUCCCCGGCGUCGACGACCUCCUCAACAAGGCAGAAGAACUCGCGAAGAAGGGGUCCAACGCCGACGUUGCGGCCGUGCAUUUCUGGCGCACCCUUCUGAUGUUCCGCCGCAUUGUCGCCGAGGACCUCGCGGUGAAACUCGUCCGCACCCCUUGGCACCCGUACAUCCAGUAUUCCAAGCUCUGCCGGAUUCCCCUCUUCCAGCACUGGGCGAAGAGGGUCGAGAAGACCGACACCGACACCAUAAAAAAGCGGCAAGAUCCAACCCUCAUCCAGCCAGAGGAGAUAUCGGUCCGCCAUGACGCCCAGUUCGCGGUCGUCUCCCUCACGGAGAUGCUUAAGCUCGAGAGGGAGCGGUCAACGGUCCAGAAGCUCGACCUCGAGGAGAAGAUCGAGAAUCGCGACGCAACCAUCGCGUCGCUCGCGGCCGAGAUAACACGCCUCACCGAGGUUCUCCGCGUUUCAGAAGCUCGAAGGAUGCCGGAGGCGCCGCCAGCUGCUAACGACCAGUCGCCGAGCGACGGUGGCUCCGCGGAGUCGGCAAGCAGGGGUGGAGGAGCCAACAAACCCAAUAAACCCCCACAGACGGUCAAGGAGGCUAGCUACGAGCUGAACGUAGUGCAGCCUUGGCGGACUGCAACGACCGUCAAGGACGCGUGGCGCCUCUGGACCUCGUGCACCAGCGCCGACACCCGUCGUCUGUGCAACAGGUUCAGGGAGCCGGGAUUCGUCGACCGCCACACCCUCCUCGACGGAGCCUCGCAGGGAGCACACGGGAAGAGGGUGCGCCGCAUGAUGAAGGUCAUCGAUGCGGUGCGCCAGCUUCGCAGGAGCGACGGCGAAGCCGACACGGAAGCCACCGUCGACGCGCUUAACAAGAUAGCGGCGCCUGGCAUUGGGACCUUCGCGGAUGCCCUCACGGUGCUCAACGCGGACGCCGUAGCGACCUAUGCUGAGCAGGGUAAGGGCGUCAAAGGGCUCGGCAAGACGGAAUUUUCCAAGCUUCGUGUCGCCUGUGCGUUCGUGGCGCGCGGGUUAAAGCCCGAAACGUGGGUCGCCGACCUGUUCCCGGACACCUGGGUUGAGCAGAUGAAGAAGACGUUGGCCGAUCUGGCCCGCGAAAACGACGCCGGGCAGCUGCCUCCGACCAAUAAGUCGACCAAGCGCAAGAAAACCGCUUGA